UUUUGUGUAUUUAAAUUUCUAAUCAUUAAGUAUUAAUGAAAUAAAUUAAACGAGUGAUGAGGUUGAAAUAUUUUGUACUUAUUUUAUUUGUGGUUAUCUUAUCAAAUUGUGCUUCUUGUGAAAAAGAUAAAAAAAGGCUACAAAUUGGAAUAAAACAUCGUCCGAAAACAUGCAAUGAAAAAUCUAAGAAAGGAGAUCUUUUACAUGUUCAUUACAAAGUUACAUAUGAUAAUGGGACUGAAUUUGAUAAUAGUUAUAUUAGACAAAUUCCUUUUACCUUUACAAUUGGAUCUGGGCAAGUUAUAAAAGGAUGGGAUCAAGGUUUAUUGGGAAUGUGUAUUGGUGAAUUGAGGAAGUUGGUUGUUCCAUCUGAAAUGGGUUAUGGAAAAGAAGGGGUUGUUCCGAGCAUUCCUGGUAGCUCUACAUUAAUAUAUUAUGUGGAAUUGCUUAAUGUAGAGAGGAAGACAUUUUCAUUUUAAUUUAUAAUUUCGUUGUUGAAGAAUUUUAUAAAUAAAUUAAGCUUUAAUUA